AUGGGAGACUCGGAUUACAAGUCUGCCCCUAGCUCUAUCAGCGAGGGCUCGCCUCUCAUGGUUGCCUCUCCUCCUUCAGAUAGACGUGGUGGGCACCCUCUUGCCGGUGCUGAUGAGUCGUCUAAGAAUGCAUUGUACAUGUUUCUUUUGACUCUUUCUAUUGGUGGACUUCAGAUUGUUUGGUCUGUCGAACUUUCUAAUGGAUCGCCAUUCCUUCUAUCCCUCGGGAUGAGCAAGUCGCUUCUUGCAUUUGUUUGGAUAGCCGGUCCCUUGACGGGUGCGCUGGUGCAACCAUACAUUGGAAUUCGAAGCGAUAACUGUCGGCUCUCGUGGGGUAAGAGGAAACCGUUCAUGGUUGUUGGAGGCGCAGCAACUGUCGUUUCAUUGCUAGCUCUGGCAUGGGUGAAAGAGAUUAUUGUUAUCAUUAUCAUGGCAACAAUUUUCAUGUAUUGCCUUGAUUUCGCCAUUAACACAGUGCAAGCUGCAAUCAGAGCGUUCAUUGUCGACAACUGUCCCACUCACCAGCAGGAGCUGUCUAAUGCCUGGGCCAGUCGUAUGGUCGGCAUUGGCAACAUCUUGGGGUAUAUCUUUGGCUACAUGGACUUGCCGAAGUUUGUCCCUUUCUUGGGAAAUACCCAGUUCAAGGUUCUUUGUGUACUCGCUUCCGUCUUUUUGGGCGCAACCCUUGCCAUUAGUUGCUUCUACAUCAAAGAGCGGGAUCCCCGAGGAGAGGGACCUGUGACCGACAAGCUUGGCGUGAUCUCCUUUUUCAAACAGGUCAUCAAGUCGAUUCGGAGCUUGCCGACACAGAUCUCCCGCGUCUGUCAGGUGCAGUUCGCAGCGUGGGUGGGCUGGUUUCCAUUCCUGUACUACUCCACAACCUAUAUCGGGCAGCUGUACGUCAAUCCCGUUUUCGCGGAUAAUCCCCAUCUCUCCGAGGGUGAGAUCGACAAGGCAUGGGAAGAUGCUACUCGCAUCGGGACACUGGCUCUUCUCAUUUAUGCUAUCAUCUCCUUCCUUGCCAAUAUGUUGCUUCCUCUUUUCGUGGUCCCGUUAUAUGGACCGGCGCCAGAAACUGUUUCGCAACGGGAUUCUCUAGACGGCGAUUCAGAUGACGAGGCAGAACAAUCUAUAAGGAGACUCUCAUUUUCAGGUAUGCCGACGGGCAACGCAUCCGAACCUCUGCUCGACGCUGUUCCGCUUGGACAGGAGACCGAAGGGAAACCGACCUGGCUUUCACGUCUUCGCAUCCCAGGCUUGACUCUUCCGCGAGUCUGGCUCCUCUCCCAUCUUCUCUUUGCGGCGUGCAUGUUUAGUACAUUCUUCAUCUACUCUUACCAAGCCGGGUCGGUAUUUGUGGGCUUUAUCGGCAUCUCCUGGGCUGUAGCGCUGUGGGCACCCUUCGCUCUUAUCGCGGCGGAGGUAGCUAGGAUUGACCCUUCUAGACGAAAUCAUCCUCGCACAGCUCCGUCCACCUAUGGCGAACAUGAAGGUGAGGCCCAAUACGAGGGUCCUGGUGAAUAUAACAGCGUUGGCGGCAGUGACGUUGAGCAUGGACACCCGAAGGACCAUCGCGAUGGUGAUGUUGCACAGGCGGGUAUCAUUCUUGGACUGCAUAAUAUGGCUAUUUCUCUACCCCAGAUUCUGUCUAGUCUUGUCUGCAGUGCUAUCUUCAAGGCAUCCCAGAAGCAAAGAGGGGAGCCGUGGGAUGAUAGUGUGGGCUGGGUGCUACGGUUUGGCGGAUGUGCUGCGUUGGUGGCUGCGUGGUUGACUACACGGGUUUCGGAUGGAUCAAGAUAG